CCCAGAAGACACACGAGAAAAUUGUAGGUUCCUCUGGUGAGCAGGGUGUACGAGGCUUGAAUACUGACCUUGGGGGUUCAGAUAUAAGGUUUGCCAUACGUGCAGAUGUCCAGCAGAGAACAGAACCUAUCGAGACCGCGAUCCGACAUGUCCGGAGCUGGUUUCAGUCAAUCACUAGAUCGUGGUCGAGCAUGAUUGUGGCCACAAUGGUGGCGAUAUUGUCAAUCAAUGCAGUGCGAUCAAUAUUCCAGCCAGUCACAUUACGACCGUCACCGGAUCUGGUCAAGGUCGCCGGCAUCGCGCGAUCUUUUGAGCCGCUUAUAUACUACUCAGAGAACGGCAUCGCGCAAGUCGGAGACCUUCAAGCUACCGGAGUUGCGGUGUGGGACCUUGGCGAGAGCGUUCGCCAGAGCAACAUGACUUCGGCUCCAAUCAUCGUCAAAUCUCUUGAUGAGCUCUCCGACAGUCUCAAAACGCUUGCGAUAGAGUUGACAAAGUUCUUUGCCAACGUGGAUGGCGACAUUGAUGGCAUUCUGAUCGUCAUGGAUUGGGCCCGAAGAGAGCUGGCUCAGGUCCAAGCCGUCCCGAGCCCACCGUUCGUCACGGCAUUUUCGAAUAUUCAUAAUGUGCUAUGCGCCACUGGCGUCCUGGAGAACCCUGCUACCGGGGCUCCGACGCGACUUGGGGCUCUCACGACCGGUCUCUUUGGCAUGUCGCAACCGCAGCGAACACGGAGCACACUGCAGCGCACAUUUACCGAAUUUCUGUCCGUUCUAGAGGAGGCCAUUGAGAACGAACUACAGCACUCUCUCGCCCUUUUUGGCCUGUUUGAGGCUAUUGACCGGCAGUUCCUGAACCUUGCUCGGACUGUGGUCCGCGAGUCGUCACUGCAGGACGAGCAGCACGCCGACCUGCUGUCGUCUCUGUGGACGCGCAUCCUUGGUGCAAAGGGCAGCGAAGUCAAAAAGUACGAGCGCAACCGAGAGCUCCUGCAGAACGUGCGGGAGAAGACGGUGCGCAACAAAGGCAUCUUGGUCGAACACAAUGGCAAGCUCAUGACGCUGAAGGCGAAUCUCGAGUCGCUCCGGCGCAAGCUGGUCAGCCCGCUCGUGCGCAGCGUCAACUCGAGCACUGUGACUGUUGAGGAGCAAAUCAAAGGCCUCGAGGACGUCGGCCUAUAUCUCGAGGGCGUGCGCGCGCGGCAGAAGGGCAAGCUGAUGGAGAUGCUGUACGGGGCUGGGAGCAACAGCCACCAUCGCCGAGACGAGCACGCGAGGAUGAUUGAGGGCGAUGGUGCCAGCGGUGGGUGGUAGAUAUAAUUGGGUGGACGUCGCGAAUCUAGCUUUGUCGUUUGCGGGCGUACAUGGGUCGGCGUUUGCUAGGAUUCUAACACCUUGGCUGGUUAUUUUGUUUAUAUGGAGGUGGACAGACAUGAUUUCGAUAGCCUUGAGAUGGAUCAAGCCGGACAGGACAGGGCAGGACAGGGCAAGGUACCUAGGUAGACAGGCAUGGUCGUCACUGGCGGCUGGUAUGGUGGGAAACAGGCAUCCUUUGUAUUUACUGCGAGAGCAUGGAACAAAUCAUGUAGGUGGUUAGCAUGGACGACCGCACAUUUCUGAACAUUUGCAUAUUCACAUAAA